UAAAACCCUAGACCCGACAAAUUACAAUUCACAUCGUAUCCACACAGCAGCUACGGAGGAACCCGCGCCUUGUCCUCGUUGAUAAGUAGCUUUUGGAGAUAAACAUCUGCCAGGAUUUGCUCAGGAAAACAGCGGACUCCAAGCGAGCAACGACUUUCUGUAUUUACCAUCCGCACAAAAAAGGGAAACCCAAUACGUUUCGGGGAGAGCUCAGUGGCAACAGAGGAUAACAUGAGAAAGAGAAAAAAGUAUUCUGCUUGAAUUUGGAAUACAACCUCCCUCACUGGACGGAUAUUUUUUUUGUUGCUCUUACAAUUGAUUCGGGGUUCGUAGACUUCAUAUAAUCGCUGAAUUUAUACACCAUUUGCAUAUAAAGGACACGAUUUGUGUAUCAAUUGUCAACGCAGAUUAAUAGUAGAUCCUGGAGUUCGUGGUUUAUUUAUAGGGAAAGGACCAACGCUUUGUGUGCCAAUGCCAACGGCAGAUUGCAGGUUGCUCCAUCAUGGUCGGAUCAUGAAGUGUCUGACUUUUUUACUCUUACUUCCAGAAACACUGAAAAAGUCUAAAACAACUGGGAAACACACAAGCAGGUUACCAGUAUGCUAUGAUAUUCUAACCCUGACCAUUAAGAAGAAUAUGGCUGCAGAACUGUACCCUGCGACCACCAACAGUACUACGGUGACCAGUACUGACAAGAAAAGCAAUGUGCAGGUCACCCAGUCAAAAACCACUGCAACAACACCGACCACCCAGCAAAACAUAAACAACAACAACGUCGAUCCUCCGAGGUGGCAGUCCUCUCACCCCACGCUACGGGAGAGGUAGUCUUUAAUUCUUUACUUGUAUUUCAUUAUUUCGAUUUGGUGAAAAGAUUGACUUGGUUUACAAUAGCUAAUGUCCAUAAUUGGAAUAACAAUUUACAAUGCUGCAUUGUGUAGGGCAGGCUAUAAUAUUGUCUGGCAAAAGCCCUUUAUGGAAUAGCCAAAGUUGUCAUAUCUACAGUGCUUUCGGGAAAGUAUUCAGACCCCUUGACUUUUUCCACAUUUUGUUACCUUACAGCCUUAUUCUAAAAUGGAUUAAAUUGUCCCCCCCACCCCCACACAAUACCCCAUAAUGACAAAGCAAAAACAGAAAUAUCACAUUUACAUAAGUAUUCAGACCCUUUACUUCAGGGUUCUUCAAUUCCGGUCCUGGAGGGCCGAAAUACUUCUGUUUUUUAUUUCUACCUGGUAGUUAAUUGCACUCACCUGGUGUCCCAGGUCUGAAUUAGCCCCUGAUUAGAAGGAGAGGAUGAAAAACAGAGGUGUUUCGGCCCUCCAGGACCGGAAUUGAAGAACCCUGCUUUACUUAGUACUUUGUUGAAGCACCUUUGGCAGCGAUUACAGCAUUGAAUCUUGGGUAUGACACUACAAGCUUGGCACACCUGUAUUUCGGGAGUUUCUCCCAUUGUUCUCUGCAGAUCCUCUCAAGCUCUGCCAGGUUGGAUGAGGAGCGUUGCUGCACAGUCAUUUUCAGGUCUCUCCAGAGAUGUUCGAUCAGGUUGAAGUCCGGGCUCUGGCUGGGCCACUCAAGGACAUUCAGAGACUUGUCCUGAAGCCACUCCUGCGUUGUCUUGGCUGUGUGCUUAGGGUUCUUGUGCUGUUGGAAGGUGAACCUCUGCCCCAGUCUGAGGUCCUGAGCGCUCUGGAGCAGGUUUUCAUCAAAGAUCUCUCUGUACUUUGCUCUGUUCAUCUUUCCCUCAAUCCUGACUAGUCUCCCAGUCCCUGCCGCUGAAAAACAUCCCCAUAGCAUGAUGCUGCCACCACCAUGCUUCACCGUAGGGAUGGUGCCAGGUUUCCUCCAGACGUGACGCUUGGCAUUCAGGCCAAAGAUUUCAAUCUUGGUUUCAUCAGACCAGAGAAUCUUGUUUCUUAUGGUCAGAGUCUUUAGGUGCCUUUUGGCAAACUCCAAGCGGGCUGUCAUGUGCCUUUUACUGAGGAGUGGCUUCUGUCUGGCCACUCUACCAUAAAAAGGCCUGAUUGGUGGAGUGCUGCAGAGAUGGUUGUCCUUCUGGAAGGUUCUCCCAUCUCCACAGAGGAACUCUAGAGCUCUGUCAAGAGUGACCAUCGGGUUCUUGGACACCUCCCUGACCAAGGCCCUUCUCCCCCGAUUACUCAGUUUGGCUCGGCUGCCAACUCUAGGAAGAGUCUUGGUGGUUCCAAGACCUUCUUCCAUUUAAGAAUGAUGGAGGCCACUGUGUUCUUGGGGACCUUCAAUGCUGAAUAAUUUUUUUGGUACCCUUCUCCAGAUCUGUGCCUCAACACAAUCCUGUCUCGGAGCUCUAUGGACAAUUUCUUCGACCUCAUGGCUUGGGUUUUGCUCUGACAUGCACUGUCAACUGUGGGACCUUAUAUAGACAGGUGUGUGCCUUUCCAAAUCAUGUCCAAUCAAUUGAAUUUACCACAGGUAAAUCAAGUUGUAGAAACAUCAAGGAUGAUCAAUGGAAACAGGAUGCACCUGAGCUCAAUUUCGAGUCUCAUAGCAAAGGGUCUGAAUACUUACGUAAAUAAGGUAUCUUAUUUAUUUUUAAUACAUUUGCAAACAUUUCUAAAAACCUGUUUUCGCUUUGUCAUUAUGGGGCAUUGUGUGUAGAUUAGUGAGGGAAAAAACAUUUAAUCCAUUUUUGAAUAAGGCUGUAACGUAACAAAAUGUGGAAAAAGUCAAGCAAUGUUUUUUUUUUUUUAAGUCAAGGGGUCUGAAUAUUUUCCGAAGGCACUGUAAUUGACAAAUCUCCUCCCUUCUAGGAAUGCCUUGAUGUUCAACAAUGAACUCAUGGCCGAUAUCCAUUUCAUUGUUGGUCCCUCUGGUGAAUCUCAGAACGUGCCAGCGCACAAGGUAAGCUCCCUCUAUUAGGAGAAUUAAGUUGACUUUUCGGAAACAUCACGCCUAUGAUGAGUGACUAAUCAUGUGUCCGUUUGUCCUUUCCUCCAGUAUGUGCUGGCAGUGGGUAGCUCGGUCUUCUGUGCCAUGUUUUACGGGGAUCUUGCAGAGGAGGAGUCCGAAAUCCAUAUCCCAGAUGUAGAACCUGCUGCUUUUCUAAUUCUGCUGAAGUAAGCCACUCACUCACUCCUCAUAUUAACCAUGACCAGCACAAUGUCACGUCAAAAUAAAUUAUUACUCAUCCAAAGCAAGACAAGUGACAAAAUGCUAGAUCACCAAAGGGCACGGGGAGCAGUGUAGAGAACUGUAAUUGCUGGUUUCUUUGUUCAUCUUGAAAAAUGUCUAAUUCAAAGCCAAUGAUUUACCCAGAGGGUAUAGGCAGUCUAGAGGAUAAUUACUAUUUUUGUUGAUACUAUAACAAUCGUCAUCCGACGCAAAUGCAAUGAGACGUUGCUACUUUUUAUCCACCUGGGAGAAUAGUGGAAGCUGUGCCAAGUCCUCAUCCUAUUUUCCUAGAAGGAAUAGCAACGUCUCAGAAUGAAUUCUCCACGUGCUGAUUUGCCUUCUUUACUAAACCAGAAUCUCAUUCUACUCCUCCAUUUUGUCCCCUUCAGGUACAUGUACAGUGAUGCGAUAGACCUGGAGGCAGACACCGUGCUGGCCACCCUGUACGCUGCCAAGAAGUACAUUGUACCAGCACUGGCAAAGGCCUGCGUCACCUUCCUGGAGACCAGCCUGGAGGCCAAGAAUGCCUGUGUGCUGCUGUCCCAGAGCCGUCUGUUUGAGGAGCCUGAGCUGAUGCGGCGCUGCUGGGAGGUGAUUGACGCGCAGGCCAAGCUGGCCCUGGGCGCCGAGGGCUUCUGUGAGAUCGACCUGCAGACCCUGGAGAUCAUCCUGCAGAGAGAGACCCUCAACACCAAGGAGGUGGUGGUCUUUGAUGCUGUCAUGAGUUGGGCCACAGCAGAGUGUAAGAGGCAAGGACUGGGGGCAACCACCCGCAACAAGAGAUCUGUCCUGGGCAAGGCACUCUACCUGGUGCGCAUCCCCACUAUGACCCUGGAAGAGUUCGCCGAUGGUGCAGCCCAGUCAGACAUCCUGACACUGGAGGAGACGCAUGACGUCUUCCUGUGGUACACAGCGGCCACCAAGCCCAAACUGGUCUUCCCACUGGCACAGAGGCAGGGCCUGGCGCCCCAGAGGUGCCACCGCUUCCAGUCAUCAGCCUACCGGAGCAACCAGUGGCGCUACAGGGGCCGCUGUGACAGCAUCCAGUUUGCAGUGGACAAGCGGAUCUUUAUCGCUGGACUGGGCCUGUACGGGUCAAGUGGCAGGAAGGCAGAGUACAGUGUCAAGAUUGAACUGAAGCGUCAACGGGUGACCCUAGCACAGAACCUGACCAAGUUUGUAUCGGACGGAUCAAGCAGUACAUUUUCUGUAUGGUUUGAAAACCCGGUUCAGGUGGAGCAGGAUGUCUUCUAUACGGUGAGUGCCGUGCUGGACGGGAAUGAGCUGAGCUAUUUCGGCCAGGAGGGCAUGACGGAGGUGCAGUGUGGAAAAGUGACAUUUCAGUUCCAGUGCUCCUCGGACAGUACCAACGGGACUGGGGUGCAGGGGGGACAGAUCCCAGAGCUGGUGUUCUAUGCAUAAACUGGACUGGUCAUAUAGGACAAGUAGAGGACAUAUGGACUGUACAUCCAUAUGUUCAAGCCUUAUAAAUAAUGUAGCAUUAAGACACUACGGUAUGUCACACUAAACAAAAUACUAUUUUUAAGUGAAGGAAUGUUGUUUUCUUAUUUAUUUUUUAAACGGUUAUUUUAAUUGUUAACUCUGCAAAAAGCACCCUUGUAAAAAGUCGUAUUGCACCGUUGUUG